GAUCAAAAAAAAAUUGUGUAUAGAACGAUGAUGACAGAAUCCGCGCGCGAUAACAAUGAGAAUCGGCCUUCGCGGAAUGCGUGUAUAUAGUUAUUUCGUAUAUAUCUGAACCACGAUAUAAACGGGAGUCGGGAAUUGAGCGGGGGCAGCGUAUUCCCCGGUGCGGGGUCCGCGCCUCCAGCAAGUAUCGCUCAGACUCAGUCGUCGUCGCGUCCUCCAACGAAACGGAUCGGAUCAGCUCAGAGCAGUCCCCAGUUUAACAGUUCUUCGAAGAAGUAAUACUACUACAGUGUGUUUAUGCGUGUGUAUCAGUUCUAUAUAAUUAUUUAGUUUUGUGGUGCUCAGUGAAAUAAUAAUAAUAAUAUAUAGAAGAAGAAAAAAGUUUAGUUUUGUGAGAAGAGAGUGUUGUCCGACCUCGACGUUGUCCUAGUUUAUACUACAACCAUCGGAGUGUGCUGUUGUGUGGGAGUGCUGCAACAAUUAAAGCGAAAGUUCAACGAAGGUGAAAGUUAUAUGGUGAAGUAGGAGCGACACAGGGAAAACAGAAAGAAGCCAGCCAAAAUGUUUAAAAGUUUCAAGAGCAAAAAGAACAAAAAGCUGGAUAAACUGGACAGCGGAAAAGCUGCAACCCAACAGCUGAUUCUGUCCGAGCAACAACAGCAGCAGCAGCAACAACAAUUGCAAAACAACAGCGAGACGACUACGAAACAGGUGGCGGAGAAAAAUGCCGUCAACAGUUUGGAUAGCAGCGAUUCGAACAAGAAGGGUAAAACUCUGUGCCAGGCGUGCAAGAAGAAGUGCUCCGGCGAGGUGCUCCGUGUGCAGGACAAGUACUUCCACACGGAAUGCUUCAAGUGCACGAUCUGCAACAAUUCGUUGGCCCAAGGCGGCUUCUUCUCCAAAGACGGUGCUUAUUACUGCACGGCCGAUUACCAGAAGAACUUUGGAAGCAAAUGCGCCACCUGCGGCGACUACGUCGAAGGAGAGGUCGUCUCUGCCUUAGGAAAGACCUACCAUCAGAAGUGUUUCACGUGCGCCAGAUGCAGACAGCCGUUCCCGUCUGGUGAAAAAGUCACCUACAAUGGAAAGGAGGUGGUCUGCGAGAAAUGCAUGCAUAUACCUGUGAGGAAAGGUUCGACUCCGGCUGCUACCAGCCCCAUCACCAACAACCCAAACGAUAAGAAAGUGACGCCUCCCAAAAGGAAUGAGUGCGCCGGGUGUCGCGAGGAGCUGAAAGAGGGCCAAGCUCUUGUGGCUUUGGAUAGGCAAUGGCACGUCUGGUGCUUCAAGUGCGGCACUUGCGAUGUCGUUCUUCACGGCGAAUACAUGGGCCGCGAUGGUAAACCGUACUGCGAGAAGGACUACCACACCCAAUUCGGAGUGAAGUGCGCCUACUGCAAUCGCUUCAUCAGCGGAAAAGUUCUUCAGGCUGGAGAUAAUCAUCAUUUCCAUCCGACUUGCGCCCGUUGCACCAAGUGCGGCGAUCCGUUCGGAGAUGGCGAAGAAAUGUACCUCCAAGGAGGUGCCAUCUGGCAUCCGCGAUGCGGUCCAGGACCAACGGAGAACGGACAGAUCCUCAACGGUCCUUCCGAGACAAACGGCCACUGCACCUACACCACGGACACGACAAGAGAUUUCGACAGGAUGAGCAGCUCCGGCGUCAGCGAUAUGCAGUUUUCAAUUCGUUCCCGCACCCCUAGCUUGAAUGGUUCCUUGUAUAGUCCAACUAGCAUGUCCCGGAAGCAUUAUAGUUACCGCACUCCGUCGCCCGGCCUCAUUCUGAGGGAUUACAACAAGUCGGCGACUCUCGCAGACGAUAUUUCAAGAAUUUGCACCUAUAGUUACCUAACCGAGGAGCCCACCCAAGGGUACCUGAAGAGACCCAUCGAUCCGUACGAUAAGCAACCGAUGUCGCCCCAUUUCCAUAGACCAACAUCUCAAAAUUCAUUGAGGGGAAGCCAAGGAGCUGGCGGAAAGUACGGAAGACAGAGCAGAUCCGGGAUGACUGUUCUCGUCGAUCAGAUCAGAAGCGAAACGCCAAGACCCAAGUCUCCGCACAUGAACAACGAGGAGCCCAUCGAGUUGGCGCAUUUCCCGGGCGCCAAACCGCCGAAUCCCAACGAGAAACCAAAGAUUGAAAGGGACGAUUUCCCAGCACCGCCUUAUCCUUACACAGAUCCAGAGAGGAGAAAGCGUUGGUCGGAUACAUACAAGGGUGUCCCUGUGUCCGAUGAGGAGGACGCCGUGGACGGUGAGGUGCGAACUCCUCAGGAGAUCAUGGAUGAGAAGCUGAGGAGGGAAGAGCAGGAGCUGCUGAAAUGCGCGAGCGGCAUCGGCAAGGUGUUCCUGAAGGACGUGAAGGAACGCGAGAAGCUGAAGCAGUGGAAGGCCGCCAAUUUGGAUCCGAGAAACGCUUCGAGAACGCCAUCAGCCAACAAGGAGCCGACUUAUCGUCUUCGCUACGAGUCUCCGGUUGGAGCGAGUCCGUCUAGGAACCUUGACCAUCCGAAGCCAUUCGACGAGGACGACUUCGACAGAACCAUCAGCUGUCGCUCCUCGAUGGGACGUUCGAUCGGACAAAUUCCUAGUUACAACGUAGUAUCUUCGCUCCGAAACGUCCCGAGGCCCGGAUACGGACUUAAGACAUCCACGUUACCAGCAAGAAACGAUUACGUAAGUACUGUUGCAGCCUACGCCAUCCAUAAGUGUUUUCAAGCGCAAUAUGGGGAAACAACAAAACCGAAGAAAUGCAUAGAAAAUUCAUCUAAAAUAAAUCAAAAAUUUCAUUCUUUGAAAAAUUCUCAGUUUUGGUACUUAAAUGUUCGUAUGUUGUUUUCCCGUUUGCUUUGUUAAUCAAUCCAUUCACUCCAUUCAUACACAAACACAC